AAAGGAGGCGGACUAUCAGCGCGUUUAUCCAAUCAGACUGGAGGAGGGAGGAUUUGUUGUAAAACGGGUAGGAGAAAAAGAUAACGCAUCUAGGCUACAUUUGUAAUCAGUGCGAAGAGGAAAGAGGACUCGUCCAUAUUAUAGCUGCUGUUUCAGUGGUUUCCGUGGUGAUGGACCCUCCCGGCGGGCGAGACGAACGUCGCCGUCAGGCCGAGCGUCUUCGGCGGGAGGAGGCGUACUACCACUUCAUCAAUGAGCUGAGCGAGGAGGAGUAUCGGCUCAUGAGAGACAGCAACCUGCUGGGCACGCCGGGUGAAAUCACAGCUGAGGAGUUGAGACAGCGCCUGGAUGGAGCAAAGGAGCGGGUGUCCUCGCAGCCUCGCCCUGAAUCACGCCCACAAAACAGUGAGGCUGGCCAGGAGGGAAGCAGCGCUGCUGCUGAGCCGGGUGCCGAGAGCACUAACGGAGACUCUCUGCUGGAGUGGCUGAACACAUUUCGACGUACAGGCAAUGCCACCCGCAGUGGCCAGAGCGGCAACCAGACGUGGCGUGCUGUCAGCCGCACAAACCCGAACAGUGGCGAGUUUCGCUUCAGCCUGGAAAUCAACAUCAAUCACGAGCAGCCCGAGCCGGGGGAGCACAGUGAUGCUUCUGAACCCGUUGAGCUUCCUGUUUCACAGCGGGCCUCUGCAUCUAUACGCACUCCCUCAAGGCCUGCACCAUAUUCCACUCAGCACCCCACCCCUUAUUCUACAACCAGGCCAACUCUGGGGCGGCGGGCUCAGGCACGGCGCACUCGCAGUAGCACUACCCCACCCAUAACCUCACCUCUGAUCUCGCAGGCACCGUAUACGAGUUUGAGGAGGAACCUUGCUUUGCCUCAGCCAGCACCACUUCCUCCUGCUCCUCCGCCUCCUCCUCUCCCUCCUCCCCCUUCUUCACAGGCCACACCCACAUCCUUGCCUCAAGAGCAGGAUAGCACUCACAGUGUGCAGGGACAAGUACAGGCGCAGCUUCCUUCACUUAGUAACGAGGAGGUGCAGGUAGCUAACGAUGCUCCAGACUGUCCAGUAGCUGUGUCUCAGGCCAGUGCGCCGGGGGCGGCAGCUAGCCGUGAGGCACGCAGAACUCGUUCACGUGGCCGGGUCCGCCGGAUAGCUCUGUCCCGGUCUUCACGACGUAGCCGCUCACCUCUGGAUAGAAACUCCACCCGAAGCUCUAGCCCAACCCCCAGCAACAGUGCUCCUGCUGUAGAGUCCACUGGAAGCACUGCUGCUGCUGCUGCUGUGGAGAUAGUGGAAAUUCCUGCUGAGGCAACUGCACCCGUAGAAUCUGCCCCUGAAAUGGGCACCGAGGAAGGUGAGACGCCUGUGUCAGGUGCAGCAGGCAGCGUUCGCCGGCACCCGACUAUCAUGUUGGAUUUGCAGGUGCGCCGAAUCCGGCCAGGUGAGAAUCGAGACCGGGAUAGCAUUGCCAGCCGAACACGGUCUCGUGCCCGUGCCGCUGAAAACACGGUUACCUUUGAGAGCGACAGCGGAGGUUUCAGACGGACCAUCUCACGCUCGGAACGUGCCGGCAUCCGCACAUACGUAAGCACUAUCCGCAUUCCACUGCGCCGCAUCUCUGAGACAGGAUUGGGUGAACCGAGUUCCACGGCGCUGCGCUCCAUCCUGCGGCAGAUCAUGACAGGCUUCGGAGAGCUCAGUUCUUUAAUGGAGACAGAGGCCGACCCAGAAGGCUCCACACCCGGACAGAACGUGGGCGUCAGUGCUGCAGCUCUGACACAGCGUGCGCAGGGUGGUGAAGCCACAACAGGAAAUGCUGUAACAGAGUCGGGACGAGAGAGUGGAGUAGUGGGUGAGGCUGGCCAGGCGAGGGUGGGAAGCACCGGGCGGGACACAAAUAACCUGGUUGAGAAUGGCACCUUGCCCAUCCUGCGGCUGGCGCACUUUUUCCUGCUGAACGACGAGGAGGAUAACGAGCACCCGCGCGGUCUCACCAAAGAGCAAAUCGACAAUCUGGCCACACGCACCUAUGGCCAGGCUAGCCUGGAGGGCGAGCAGGGACGCGCCUGCAGCGUGUGCAUCAACGAAUACGCGCAGGGCAACAAGCUUCGCAGCCUCCCCUGUGCACACGAGUUCCACAUCCACUGCAUCGACCGCUGGCUCUCAGAGAACAACACGUGCCCCAUCUGCAGGCAGCCCAUUCUGUCCAGCCAUCAGGACUGACUCACCUCCAUCACUCCUGUACAUAGCGCUUCAGCUGUUCCACCCAUUCCUUCAUCAGCAGCUCCCUCUGUAUCCGGCUGUAGGUAGAACCAAAAGAAGAAACAACACAGAGAAUUAACAAAGCUUUAUUUUUUUAGACCUUUUUCUUUUUCCUCCAGUCUGCAUAGUCUCCUCCAUCCUGCUUCAGGGUUUCCGUUAACAAAACCCAACAGAUUCUAACUGUGAUGAAUCAGUGUUAGCAAAAGCUAAUCUUCAGCAUUUCAUGAAAUGGAUUUUAUAGAUUGUUCUGUACAUGCCAGAGGAUUAUGUAAAUAUAUGAAUUCCUGUGCUUUUUAUUAUUUUUAUUUGCGAGCGUUUGACAUUGAGACACAGUAUAGAAACAUGCGCAAGGAAAGCUCCUUCAAAUUGUUUUUUGAACUUUAGUUUUAAGGCACAAUCUCUCUCCUAUUUUUUUCUUCUCCCAAAGCUCCUUUGUUUUUUUUUUUAAACACUUAACACUUUUAGCGUUGUUCUCAGUCCGGUGCAACCAAGUCAUGCUUUUAAAUUCUAAUAACUGAAAUGGCAUCCAGCCACUUAACACUACAUUCUGUAACAACAUGGACUUUUCUCUCCACUUCACAUUUCUUAUGCUUCUCCAUGCGGAUUAUUUAAUAAUAUUUUCUCUGCCCCGUCGCGUGCAUGCAUCAUUUUAAAAUGUGCCGCCUUUUUUUUUUUUAGAAAAAAACAAACAAACAAACAAAAAACAACCCAAAUGUGUAUGAAUGUAAUGCCAGAAUCCAUGUCCUUAUUUUAUUGAGUGAUAGAUAAUCAUUUCAUUCUUCUUCUUAAAGCACUUGCAGAAGGAGUUUUAGGGUAAUGAAGUGUUUUGGCCUCUUUAAAAAUAGGUGCAAUGUUUAAAAAAAAAAAAAAGAGUGGCUGACUUUAAAUCCCUGUGUUUAAUGCAGUUUUUUUUUUAAACCUGAAAUGUUUCUUGUUCUGCUCAGCUUGUUACUGACAUUUGAGGUUUUUGAUGGUUUUUAUAUACUUCAUUUUCAUGUAAAAGUUACAUGAUGUCGUCUUCCAAGUCUGUUCUUUUCUUCCCAAUGUCAACUCCCCUGUCGUUUACAGUGACCACAACAGACCCAACAGUCAACUUUACUCACAAUAUCAUCAGAGCACAGAGACCGGCAUUAUUAUUAUUAUUAUUAUUAUUAUUAUUAUUAUUAUUAUUAUAAGAUAAACUGAACCCUGACUUAAAAUCAUUCAGUCCACUUUAAUUUUUAAUGAAGGUGAGAAAUCUGGAUUGGUCUCUUAACAGGGCGACUGAUGAUAAUGAGGAGAUCAUUGUGGUUCUGUGUUUUACUCUUCCUGAACAGGGCGAUAACACACACACAGCACAGCCUCAUUUCCUUCUGAGCAGACGAAACGGUACGCUUUUCCAUAAACCUUUGUUAUGCCUCAAUGUCUCGUUUAAAGGAAACAGUCGGAAAAAAGUGGUUUCCUUUUAGUUUUUUCUUUCCAGAUGUAGUGGAAUAUACUUUGAAUAUAUUUUGUGUGUAUGUCGAUGGUGUGUGAGUGUGCGUGCGUGUGUGGGUAUGUAUGAAAGUGCGAGCGUGCUAGUGGUCAUUCAUCCGAGUGUGUGACAGGGUCUUUGGCCAUUAAAAAUCCAGAAUGAUUUAUUUAGUUCUUAUUUAAUAAGGUAAGAAAUGACCUUGAGAAAUGAAUAUGUAUUAUGUUCUAAUGUGAUGCUAUAACAGUUACAGAUAUGUAUUCUGUUACUAUGUAAUAAAACAAGCAAAUGAGUUUUCUUUUCUGCUCUUUAAAAAUGAAA